ACAAAGGCCAAACCUGGCCGACCAAGGAAAUACGCCGUUAGAUCCAUUCACGACGACCCCCUGCCACCUGCAGUUAUCAGUCCAUCAUCUCCGGUGGCUCGCGCAAUCAGUCCAAUCCUCAAACCUGACAUCCUUCCCGCGAGCGAUGCGAACAAUGACCAUGAAUUUGACAUGGGGGUCAGUGCUAUUGACGAGUCUUACUCAUUUGCACAAGCGAUAGACGAGGUCGCUUACACGUAUCGUGGCCCGCCAGUAUUAAUGUUCGAGACAAGCCCACUCCACACCCUUUCCAAAGCGGUGCCAGAUCUGAGAACCGAUGGAGCUGAACUAGGUUUAUCGCCACGCAAGGCUUCUGCCGACCCUUUGUCACCGAAUGCUUAUACACUCUCAGCCACUGAGCGGGUGGCACUUUAUCAACUUCUUUCUGGAGCCUUUGGCCCUCCUCGUGACAUUCAGGAAUGCGCCGGUACAUACAAAAAUUACAUGCUGGAACGGUCGCAACUUUACUACGAGGGGCUUCUUGCAGUGCCUUACCAAAACUCUCGUUAUAAUGACAGAAGACCAGCUUCUUCCGACAAUCACCAAUCGGUUCCUUGCAGCGAGUAUAGACGCUGGGUUAAUCCGGGAGAGUUCUGCAUAAUGGAUGACAAAGCUUCGGUCAGGAAUUCCAAGCCGGUCAAACCUGACACGAGUACGAUCAGGCAGAAAGCACAAGUCCUCUCUUAUACCAACUUUGACACAGAUAACGAAGCGCAUCCCUUGGACACGUUGUUCCCAAUAUUUGACCUGAAUAGGACCAGCGUCGAUGAUUCAAUCGGGGAAUCACCUGUUAUCCGCAGUCGGCGCCAAUCCUACGUACCUUUAGAUUUCUAUUUCCUUCCGAACGAGGAAAGGGGUGAGGCUGAGGAUCUCCUUCUGGAUGCUGCAUCUAACUCGGGCGUCCCUGAACUUCCCAACCAUUCGGUCUCAUUAGAGUCGAAGAUCCGUGGAGGAUCUCUCCACGGACAUCCGGAUUUCCCAGGAUCUCCGCCACUGCUGCCUUCGGCUGAGUUUCACCAUGUCGAUGUCAACCCGCGCCCCGCGCCCCCGUUACAACAACCGGCUUCCUCACCGAACGUCGAUGAAACCAGUGCCAUUACAUUGGCCAAGCACAAAAGUAGCCGAAAAAGUAUAGCUCCACAAACCCGCUUCGCUCCCUGCACUCCACAGAAGCACCUACGUGAAUGUGACAGGAUCAGGACCAGAUCCUUUACGUCCCGCAGCGCUAGAACUCGGACGACUUCUGCUGGCGGAGGAAUAUAACAAAACAAUAGCCAUCUGACGGUGUGAGAUGAUGGACUUCGCCGGUAAGUUCGACCUAUAUCCUGAUCCAGUGUGCACCACUUAUCCAUUGAUUGAUAUAGCAAAUGUUUCAUGUUUAUUUAACAGCAGUUCUACUUUUGACUUAGGCCGCGCAAAAUCGUCAAUCUUCGCGAACCCCUGAAUUCCCAGCGUCACCUCAUACCAUCGCACGACUUGUCCUUGGAUUCCCAGAUCCUAAAGGCGGUUUCAUGUUCCAUAUUGACAUUCUCUUUACGGUACCAUUUUACGA